UGUACUGUACCCACGUAAGAGAGGUCUCCAGGAGUAAGUGAGAUAAUUAGUGGUGUCUGUGCCGAGUGAAUGAUUAAAUAGAACACGCCUGCAAAUGAAUAAAGAUUGUAAAUAGAUAAGACUGAGACUCGCAACUUACGCGGCUGAACCCUGAAUAAUGGGUGUGAUCAGUUUCCGCGUUUUCGAUACCUUGUAUUAACGCUCGCCGUUUUCUAUAACUAGGAAAACAAAUUCGUCAACCACGGUGGAACGCCCGUCGAUAAACGUUGCUAAACCGCGUGCCAAAAUGAGCCUGAGUAUAACAAGGCUAUUUACAAAGAAGAAGAACAGCAACGUCGAGGUAGUUUCGGAGAUAGGUCUGCCGACAAACGUCACGCAGAAUAUCCACGUUACCAAAAAUGUCGAAACUGGUCAACUCGAGGGUCUGCCCGACCGGUGGAUCCAAGAAUUAGACAAGCAGAUAACAAAGGUCGAGCAGAGUGAGCACCCAGCAGCAGCCCUGCAGGCCAUCAAGUUCUACAAUUAUUCGAUAAAGAAAAAACCAGUCGAGGAAGUUUUUAAACCAUUUGUCACAGAGAAAUUGAUCGACGAAGAGUCGCAAGAGAUCGAUAAAAUCCUAUCGAAAAAACAGUAUCAGUCUGGGGAUUCCGACGGCAGCACCUCCAUCAGCUCAAAUGACAGCCAGCAGAGACUACCAGACUUGCCUCCGAAGCUCAACAAACACCCCAAGCCCGCCCCACGAACAAAGGUGGAACGUUCCGAAAAAACCUUGACAGAGAUAUUAGAAGAUUUUAAUACCUACCAUAUUAACGAAGAAGAUGAAACUCGACUGCCGGAUGAUAUCCGUCACCCGGAUGACGAGAGUCCCAUACUACGAAGAAAGACUGAAGGUUCCGUGGGGAAAAUGACAGAAGACGAGGUUUUCGAGGAGCUGCGAAAAAUAUGCAAUCCCGAAGAUCCACAUCGAAGGUUUGAGAGAAGCAAAGAAGUAGGAGCUGGUGCGUCGGGCACUGUUUUCAGAGCCACCGACACAAGGACUGGUCAAAGAGUGGCCAUCAAGGACAUUGAUUUGACCAAACAGCCUAAGAAGGAACUAAUUCUGACAGAGAUUCAAGUCUUGAAAGGAUUCCAUCAUCCAAAUCUCGUCAAUUUUCUUGACGCUUAUUUGGUAGACGAAAAUCUAUGGGUGAUAAUGGAACUGCUGGAUGGAGGGCCAUUAACGGAUGUUGUCACUGAAACUAUUAUGAAGGAGGCCCAGAUAGCGGCAGUUUGCCGCGAGGUUCUCAAAGCUGUGAGCUUUCUACAUGCGAAAGGAAUCAUUCAUAGAGACAUUAAAUCCGACAACAUUCUACUAGGAAUGAACGGGGUUGUAAAGGUGACGGAUUUUGGAUUUUGCGCAAACAUUGUUGGCGACGAAAAACGGCAAACAAUGGUUGGGACUCCGUAUUGGAUGGCUCCAGAGGUUGUGACGAGGAAGCAGUAUGGUAAAAAAGUAGAUAUUUGGUCCCUUGGUAUAAUGGCGAUUGAAAUGAUCGAAGGGGAGCCGCCAUAUUUAAAGGAAACUCCGCUUCGAGCUUUGUACUUGAUCGCUGCUAUAGGGAAACCGUCCAUCCCGAGGUGGGAUACGCUAACUCCUCAUUUCCAAAAUUUCCUUGAGAGAUGCUUGGCUGUUGAGGUCGAUGAUCGAGCAACAGCUGACGAGCUGCUCGCUCAUCCGUUCUUAGAUAACUGUGCGGAUUUAUCUACACUGACGCCGCUGAUUCGUGCAGCCCAAAAAAUUUUGCGGAAAGGAUAUUAAACAAAUUACAUUGUCCCAAAAAGUAAUUAUAUGGGUAGGAAAAUUGAGAAAACAUUCUCCCACUCGUUUCCAGCUGUGUAUCACUAUCGUUUCAUAGUCAGUAGUCGAUCCCUCGGUACAUGCCGCAAAAUAUUUAUACAUACAGUUUCACUGUAAUAAAUUUAGCAUAA